GUGACCAUGGAGGAAGCACUUUACUCCCACCCAAUAUCACCAAUGAAUUUACAGAAUAUGGGACCAUGGAAGAAAGGGGAGAGGUCCUCAGGGCUUCACUUGAAUUUGAUGCAGAGAGUGAACAGUGCUGCGUGCAGGGGCGGGAGCGGGGCCAGCUCUUGGUUGGCCCCCAGUUUGGUCUUGAUGGUCCUACUGCCGGAGGACUGAAUCAUGAGGGGGAAGCAUCCUCACACAGGCAUCUCAAGGACCCAGGUUUGCUACAGCCCAUUGGCACCCUGGCCUCGGCCCCGAACGCUGCAGAAAUGAGCAUGGCUUCAGGCGGACUGCAAGCACCAAAGGUACUAGAAGGAGAUGUGGUUUCUGUUUCAUCAUCCUGGCGAAUGGAAAAAGGUGCGAAUGCCACCCGCCGGGAAGCACGAGGAGCCAACAGACCAGCCGCUGCUGGCCAAGAAAAACCACCAGAAAUACCUCUUCCAGCUGAACUAAUAACUGAGGAAAAUUUUUAUUUGAGUAUUGAAAAGGAUUUGACUGCCUUAUUAACUGGGGACACCCAGCCAAUGUUGUCCCAAGUCAUAAAUAAUGGGAAGAAAGAGACUAGCAGAGGGCAAGAGAGGAUCUGCCAAAAGACCCCCGGGGAGAUACCAGCAGCGGCCCAUAAAGUAGAGGGCACCAUUAACUUUGCAGGGGGGAAAUGGCCCGAUAUGGGGAGGAAGCAGCCAGGAUUUGAUCGAGAUACGGUCUACAGGUCGUCCUUAGAGCAGGGGAGCUCGCAGGCAGGCCGCUCUGGUAGGAUCAAACAUGUAGGAUUUCAAGGGGUAGAGAUCCUGUGGACAGGGGGAGAGGAGGAAGAAAUGAGACAUUCCUCAGCAGAUGUGGAGGCAUCUGUGGAAAGGACAGCCUUUUCCAAAAACAAGGAGUUUUCCAAAGUAUCAAGUCAUCCUGUUCCAUCUGUGGCUUUCUCUCAUUCAGUCAGGUUGAUGGAGGGUGUUUGGGAUGAACCUUGGAAAGAUUCUUCAGAAAGGUUUGGAACUAGAUCAGGGACAUUUUCUCCAGGAUUGCUUGUGGAAGGAGGAGAGGAUGAAGUGUUCUUGAAGGAAAAUGAGCAAUAUCCUGAGAAGAAGUCUGUGCCAGAGGGGGAAGUGAAAAG